CUGACCUUUCUUCCUUGUCUACACAGAUCUAUCUGCACAAUAAUCUUCCUUUACACCAAUCUGCAACCAAACCCAGGAGCUGAAUUAUUGAAUUCCCUCCCUUGAAAGCGAUCAUGGAUCUAGCGCCGGAGGAGCUUCAGUUCUUGUCGUUGACCGAUAUCCUGAGGGAAUCCGUUGCAAUCCCUAAAAGAUCCCCCAAAACCUUCUAUCUUAUGACCUUAGCUCUCAUUUUCCCGCUCUCUUUUGCCAUUUUAGCUCACUCGCUUUUCACCCAUCCUAUCUUAAAUCAACUCGCUUCCGAUCCGCUGGCAGACCCGUCCCAGACCCGCCACGAGUGGACUCUCCUCUUAACCUUCCAGUUCUGUUACCUAAUUUUCCUCUUUGCCUUCUCUCUUUUAUCAACGGCUGCAGUUGUAUUUACGGUUGCAUCUCUCUACACGUCGAAGCCAGUCUCUUUCACUUCCACGAUCUCAGCCAUACCCAAGGUUUUUAAGCGUCUUUUUAUAACCUUCACAUGGGUUUCUCUCUUGAUGUUUGUUUACAAUGCCUUGUUGAUCGGUUUCCUGGUCUUGUUUGUCAUUGCCGUUGAUUCCCGGAAUGCCCUUUUGUCCUUCUUCUCUUUUAUGGUGAUCUUGGUGCUGUUUUUGGGCGUUCAUGUUUACAUCACGGCGCUUUGGCAUUUGGCCAGUGUGGUGUCGGUGCUUGAGCCGAUUUACGGCCUUGCAGCUAUGAAGAAGAGCUACGAGUUGUUGAAAGGGAGGGCGAGGAUGGCUUUCAUUUUGGUUUUUGGAUAUUUGGCAAUUUGCGGGGUGAUUGGGGGUAUUUUCGGAAGUGUGGUGGUACAUGGAGGAGAUCGAUAUGGGGUUCUUUGGAGGAUUGUGGUGGGGGGAUUCUUGGUUGGAGUGUUGGUGAUAGUGAAUCUGGUGGGCUUGUUGGUGCAGAGUGUAUUCUACUAUGUUUGUAAGAGUUAUCAUCAUCAGGGAAUCGACAAAACAGCUCUGCAUGAUCAUCUUGGUGGGUAUCUUGGGGAGUAUGUGCCUCUCAAGAGCAGCGUUCAAAUGGAGAACUUGGAUGCUUGAUUGGACUAGGAUAAAUUUGUAUUUUGUGAAACCAUGAUGUAGGGACGAAAUGUAUUUCAAAUGGGUAUGCCAGUUCCUAAAACUCUUCUGUCAAGACUGUGAUAUUCACAUUUUCUUCCUCCCUCCCCUAAAACUUCUUUUAAUUUUUUUGCAAUAAAGUUGUAGCAUGUAACUGUUGUUCCUUUC